AUGAUGAUCAAAAUGUGUGACCGAAUUCUGCUGACAAUCUCACGCUUCACCCGUUGCAUCGCCUGUCGAUUUGUGCAACACAUUUUUGUGGCUCAAUUUCUCAACGACUUUUUGACGGCGGCUUCACUGUUCACGAGCCUGCUUUUUGUCACACGACAGUCGACUGGUGAGAUCAAGUGUUGUGGGGAACGACUUGCACUGAGCAUCGUCCCGAAGAUCAUCGUCGGGAUUAUCGCAAAACUGAACCAUCGCAAGUAG